AUUAACUAAUGUUUUCAUCCAUCUAACGACGAGCCAUGAGAAUAACCCUAUGAUUGGCUGAGCGUGUCCCAUGCGUGUUGUGGUAAACAAAAUCCGAUGUGCGUGUGCAUGCGUAGAAGUGGUAAUGGAGGAUAAGUGGUCUACUCACAAGGGGCUUAGUUAGCUAGCGGUCUUCUUUUUCUUCUGUUCGCACCUACUGUUUGUAUCGAAUACGACGUAUUUACAUUGCCGGGUACAACUUCUGAAGCAACCGAGGAGAGGUGGAGCUACCACUGAGUAUUGGGAUGGCAGCAGACAUGGUUUCCCUAAACCAUGGUUCCAAGGGGAUCCUGACAUUUUACCCCACUGCUGAUGAAUUUAAGAACUUCAGCCGCUACAUUGCAUAUAUAGAGUCCCAGGGAGCACAUAAAGCAGGCCUGGCUAAAAUUGUUCCACCAAAGGAAUGGAAGCCUAGGGGUUCUUAUGAUGAUAUAGAUGAUUUGGUGAUACCCGCACCCAUUCAGCAGGUGGUGACUGGCCAGUCGGGCCUUUUUACACAGUACAACAUUCAGAAGAAGGCCAUGACUGUCAAAGAGUUCCGCAAGAUUGCCAGCAGUGACAAGUUCUGUAGUCCACAUUAUGAUGACUUUGAGGAGCUGGAAAGGAAGUACUGGAAGAAUGUAACAUUUAAUGCUCCAAUAUAUGGGGCAGAUGUCAAUGGAACCCUGUAUGACCCUGAAGUCAAAGAAUGGAACAUUUGCCACCUGGACACCAUUUUGGAUACUGUUGAACAUGAAAGCGGCAUCACUAUUGAGGGUGUUAAUACACCUUACUUGUAUUUUGGUAUGUGGAAGACCACCUUUGCAUGGCAUACUGAGGACAUGGACCUCUACAGUAUCAACUACUUGCACUUCGGAGAGCCCAAAUCAUGGUAUUGUGUUCCUCCAGAGCAUGGGAAAAGAUUGGAGCGCCUGGCUAAAGGAUUCUUUCCUGGUAGUGCUCAAAACUGUGAGGCCUUUUUGAGGCACAAGAUGACUCUUAUCUCCCCCUCUAUACUGAAGAAAUAUGGCAUUCCGUUUGAAAAGAUUACUCAGGAGGCUGGUGAGUUUAUGAUAACUUUCCCCUAUGCUUAUCAUGCUGGUUUCAACCAUGGCUUCAACUGUGCAGAAUCCACCAACUUUGCCACAGAGAGAUGGAUUGAAUAUGGCAAACAGGCAGUUUUGUGCUCAUGCCGUAAAGACAUGGUGAAGAUUUCCAUGGACGUAUUUGUGAGGAAAUUCCAGCCAGAACGGUAUGAACAGUGGCUGGCAGGGCGAGAUGUGGUACCUAUUGACCAUUCACGGCCCACCCCGGAGGCUAAGGAGUUCCUGGGGGAGUCUUUCAAUGACAUCAGCAGUAGUAGUAACUGUAGCUCUGUGGAGAGCUGUGGGGAGGACGGAGAGCGGAAGAGCACUACACAGAGGAUAGAGACCAAGAGACAUAGGGUAUGUCUGGAGGUGCCUGAGGAGGUGGUUCCAAAGGAUGAAGACGAGGAACAGUAUGGGAAGCGUCCCAGGCUAAGCCUCAUUCCACCACGUAUAAUGUCACAAGAUGGCAAGAGAAAUAAAGGCCCACCAAAAUUGGUUGUCACACCAACCAAGCUCACUUUAAUGGAUCCAUUUCACAGGGGGCUAACCCAAAGUAACAGCGACGGAGGCCGCCCCCCUCAUUAUACCAAGACUCGUGCACCUGCGAUUUCUUCUCAGCACAGAAAUAGUCAUCUAUCAGUUUCAGUGACACCUACAUGGACAGAAGCUAUAGCUCAGCCUGCCCGCAAAAUGGGAGUAGCUAGCCUGCUGUUUCACAGGACACUCAGUCCAAAAGACACUCUUCAAGUGCACAGCUACACUCUGGUAAAGCAGCAGCAGCCUCACACACAGCUUCAGGUGCACAGCUAUGCCAGAGAGCAUCAACCCCGUCACCUCCAGCACAAAACCUGUGCACUCUCACAAACACGGGUUCAGUCUUCAUCUCAGGCACCAAGUUGUGAUGGAACAGAGCCACAGCAAGAAUCUAAAAUCAUUCUUACUGAAGUAGCAUUGACUGAAUUGCAAGCAAAGAGUCCUGUGGAGCAGGACCCAGAAGAGGACAAACCCAAACUGUCAGCACCUGUUGUGGCUCAGGCUGAAGUGGAGACACCUGAAGUUGAGCCCAUCAACAAGUCUGCUUCCUGCCAGACUCAACAACAACUUGAAGAAUUGAGCGAAACAGCAGUGGAAGAUCCCAAGAACAACAAGCGAAAGAGUAACCAGUGCCCCUUUGGGGACAGUGGCAUUAUCAUCCUGAAAGACACCGUUCCUGUCAAGAAAUCAGGUCAUGAUGAGAUGGUGAUCGCUCAAAAUCAGCAUCAGGUGUUAGAUGAGCAGUCAUACUGCAAGUCAGUGGUGAAGAAGCAACAGCAGCAGGCACAGCUCCGCAAGCUGCCUCGCCACCACCCAAUAAUCAGAGAGGUGCACAGUGACGACGAAGUGUAUGUAGAAGUGGAGGUCGAGCAAGAGGAGAAAGAGGAGUGGGCAAAGCCUCUAACCCAGCUGUGGCAGUGUCGUCCUUAUAACCUUCAGGCAGAGAUGGAGUACAAUAAGAGCAUGGGCAAACAAGCCCCUUACUGCUCCAUCUGCCUGCUCUUCCACACUUACCAUCAGUCUGAGUCCAGUACUGAGAGAUCCAGUGUGACGUUGAUGAACCGUUCAGGAGGCCGCCAGUGGUCCAAACCACUCAUCCCAGAAAUGUGUUUUAACACCCAAACUAGUAAGACGGCCGAUAGUGGGGAGGGCCAGCUAUCUAACCCUCAUGUAGCAGAAGAUGGAACCAGCCGGCUGGUCAGCUGUGCUCAGUGCUGUGUCCGUGUACAUACCAGCUGCUAUGGUGUGAGUGGGGAGGAAGCAGAGCUGGAUGACUGGCUGUGCGCCCGCUGUGAGGCCGGUGCCAUCACCGAGGACUGCUGCCUUUGUUCCCUAAGAGGUGGAGCUCUUCAGAGAGCCAACAAUGACAAGUGGGUUCAUGUGCUGUGUGCCAUCACGGUGCUGGAAGCUCGCUUUGUCAACAUCACUGAGCGGAGCCCCAUUGACCUCUCCACCAUCCCGCUGCCACGUUUCAGACUGAAAUGUGCGUUGUGCAGGAAACGGAUGACAAGGGAAGUCAAAGGCUGCUGUGUCCAGUGCUCCCACGGCCGCUGCUCCACAGCAUUUCAUCCCACCUGCGCUCAGGCAGCUGGUGUCCUCAUGCACCCCGAUGACUGGCCGUUCAUAGUCUUCAUCACCUGUCACAGACACAAGACGCCUGUCAUACCCGAGCGUAACAAGGCUUCCAUGCGAGAGUUGGCAGUGGACCAGAGGGUCAUCUGUAAACACAAAAAUGGCCGUUACUACCACAGCGAGGUGUUGGAACUAACUACAGCCACCUUCUAUGAAGUGGUGUUCGACGACGGCUCAUACAGCGACAACCUCUUCCCUGAGGACAUUGAGAACCGUGACUGUGUCCGGCUAGGUCCACCUGCCAAAGGCGAUGCUGUUCAAGUGCGGUGGACAGACGGGCUGAUAUAUGGAGCCAAGUUUGUAGCAUCACACUCCAUCCCCAUGUAUCUGCUGGAGUUUGAGGAUGGAUCACAAAUAACUGCAAAGCGAGAAGAUAUCUACUCUCUAGAUGAGGAUCUUCCCAAACGAGUGAAGUCACGAAUGUCAGUGGCGUCAGACAUGCGUUUCGAGCUCUUCACACAGAGCGAGGUCAAGCAGAACUCCAAAAGGCAACGGGUCAUAAACUCUCGAUACAGAGAAGACUACAUCGAGCCCGUCAUUUAUCGAGCCAUCAUGGAGUGAUGUGUGAUUCUUUCUCCUCCUGUUUUCCACCUCAUCAAAUCACCGCCGAGCACUCCAGGUGUCCUGGUCCAGAUUCCGUUUUCUGCCUACUGCUCCUCUUAUUCUUCCACAGCCUGAUGGGCUACAUAUAAACUAUGGCUGGGACUUAAGAUGUCAUUUGUGUAAAAGUCAUUGAAUAAUAAUCCGUCAUUUGUCAUCACA